AUGGUGGCACCACGCAUGUCGAUCAAGUUCCUGGGCACCUCGUCCAUGCCCAACUCGACCAGGAACUAUUCUUCCCUCCUCUUCAAGCUGGACAAUCAUACUGUCAUGGUCGACUGCGGCGAAGGCACACAGCGUCAGCUUCGGUCUCGAUAUGUCGGCGUCGACGAGCGUCUCGCCAACCUCAAGACCAUUCUCAUCACCCACCUCCAUGCAGACCAUGUCCUCGGUCUCGUGCCUCUGCUCAUGUCCAUGAUGGGACCGUCCGGCGUCUCUGCUCCAGCGGAACCUUCUACGCCGCGUGUGGAGAUCUACGGUCCCCCAGGUCUGCGUGCGCUGAUCCGCACCACACUCUCCCUCUGCUAUUCACAGCUGAGCGGCAAGUACGUCGUACACGAGUUCGUAUGGCCCUCGCCGGCCCAGAUGCCAGAAGAUGCACCCCAUGCGCUCAAGGAUCAGCCCGAACGCACAAUACCCAAUUUGCCGCUGUACGAAGGCGAAUCUAGCUCCGGAAGAAACCUCGACAUGGACCCAAGGUCGUCCAGUUGGCCCAACUUCCUGUCCUUGAAGCCUUCAGCUCAGGGUCCAGCUGUGCGUGUCAGCGCAGCGCCCAUCUCUCAUCGAUGUCCGACGCUCGCAUACGUCUUUGAAGAGGAAGCAAGGGCUCAACCUCUGGAUCCAACUGUCGCGGAAGCUCUCCAACGAAACGGCCCUGCCUUGCAAGAACAAAGAGGCAUCCGGCAUCCGCUUUCGCUCCUGUCCACCCUCACGACAAAGCGCCGCCCAGUUCACCUUCCCGACGGCACUGUGCUCCACCCACCGCCACUGAAUCUUCCCGGACGCAAGGUGACGGUUAUGGGCGAUACGAGCGACGGGACCGGCGGUUUUACAGAGACGCAACUUCGAGCGGGGCAUGGCUUGCCAGCGCUUGCAUACGAAUCCGACGUCUUGGUGCACGAGAGCACCAACAUCGCCCUCCCUCCGCAUCUCAACAAGAACGGCAAAGCUGAUUCGCUCGAAGAGGUUGCAGCAAAAGCGCUGUCGCGCGGCCACUCGGUGCCUCAAGUGGCGGGGCGAUUCGCGGCGCUGGUCAAUGCCAAACGCUUGAUUCUCAAUCACUUUUCCACAAAGUAUCCGAGUCCGCCGCACUAUUUGCUCGACACGGCAGGCACUCAUGCGGAGUCGUCCAACGUGCAAAGUCAGGGCCAGCCAGCUCCACAAGAUCGUCAGCUUGGGGACCCGGAGCGGAAAGCGCUGAUCAUGAAGGAGUUCGAAGUGCAGGCAUACCGAGCCUGGCAACAAGCCCCCAGGACGGGAACGCAGCUCGAAACCUACUCGGCGUUCGAUGGCUUCCAUUUCGAGGUGCCAGCACGACCGCAAGUAGAUGAGACAGCGCCGGUCAGAGACGGCGGCAACGUGUUUGCGAGGCCAUGGGAGCAAGAUUCUUCUGCGGAGCACGACAACGGUCUGAAGAGAAAGCACGUCGAACAGGGCUCUGCGGUCGCCGACGAGACAAGCACCUGGGACCCUUCGCCCUUCCUCAUGCCACCGUCAUCAAGCGAGAAACCAUCAUACGCCAUGGUGUUGCUCAAUUCACCUAUCGAUCCUCGCCAGGUCGGGCAUUUCCGACGCUUGUGGGACUCAGCAUCACUCCGUUUGUGUGCCGACGGUGCGGCGAAUCGUCUCUUGGACUGUUUCGGUGCCGCAGCAUUCGAGCAGCAGAACAGCCCGUCGUCUGUACAUCUGCCUAACGCCAUCCUAGGGGAUCUCGACUCGAUUCGACCCGACACGCAGAAGUUCUUCGAGUCGAAGGGCGUGGCUGUACACACGCGACCCUCGCAGUACGCCACGGAUCUGCAAAAGACGAUCCAGGAGAUCGAGGAUCAAGAGGCAGGGGCAGGAGACGGCCAAGAGCAUACACUCAUCAUCUUUGGCGGUCUAGCAGGUCGGUUGGAUCAAAGCGUGCACACGCUGCAUGUGCUGUGGCAGCUAGCCCCUGGCACCGAACAUCUUGGCAGCGUCCUGGAUCCAGACAACCCCACCGACAGAGGCAAUCAGCUCAAGAAGCGACAGCGCACCUUUGCCAUCGGAGACGGAAGUGUAGCAUGGCUCCUUCCCAAAGGCAAGCACGUUCUCAAGAUGGCCCGCGAGGUCAUGGGCAAGACUUGCGGCAUUCUGCCCUUGGGAGUCGGUAACAGCGGCGCCAAGGUGACGACCAAAGGCCUGGAAUGGAACCUGGAGGGAGACUCGACAACGCUCGGUGGGUUCUUGUCGACGUCAAACCACUUGCAUGAUAAGGACGGCGUGGUCCAGGUGGAGAACGACGAGCCCGUAUAUUGGACGGUGGAGCUGCGUCCAGAUGGCGAUUGCAGCCUUUGA